GGAAGUGCUCGGCGGCGGCGCUGGACGUCCUGGCCAACGUGUUCCGCGAGGAGCUGCUGCCGCACCUGCUGCCGCUGCUCAAGGAGCUGCUCUUCCACCUCGAGUGGGUGGUCAAGGAGUCGGGGAUCCUCGUGCUGGGGGCCAUCGCCGAAGGCUGCAUGCAGGGCAUGGUACCGUACCUGCCCGAGCUGAUCCCGCACCUGAUCCGCUGCCUGGCGGACCGCAAGGCGCUGGUGCGCUCCAUCGCCUGCUGGACGCUCAGCCGCUACGCGCACUGGGUGGUGGCGCAGCCGCCCGAGCUCUACCUGAAACCGCUCAUGACCGAGCUGCUGCAGCGCAUCCUGGACGGCAACAAGCGCGUGCAGGAGGCGGCCUGCAGCGCCUUCGCCACGCUGGAGGAGGAGGCGUGCACGGAGCUGGUGCCGUACCUGAGCUUCAUCCUGGACACGCUGGUGUUCGCCUUCGGCAAGUACCAGCACAAGAACCUGCUCAUCCUCUACGACGCCAUCGGCACGCUGGCCGACUCCGUGGGCCACCACCUCAACCAGCCGGAGUACAUCCAGAAGCUGAUGCCGCCGCUGAUCCAGAAGUGGAACGAGCUCAAGGACGAGGACAAGGAUCUGUUCCCUCUGCUGGAGUGCCUGUCGUCGGUGGCCACGGCGCUGCAGAGCGGGUUCCUGCCCUACUGCGAGCCCGUGUACCAGCGCUGCGUCACCCUGGUGCAGAAAACGCUGGCGCAGGCCAUGAUGUACAACCAGCACCCCGAGCAGUACGAGGCCCCCGACAAGGAUUUCAUGAUCGUGGCUCUGGACCUGCUGAGCGGCCUGGCCGAGGGGCUGGGCGGCCACGUGGAGCAGCUGGUGGCUCGCUCCAACAUCAUGACCCUGCUGUUCCAGUGCAUGCAGGACACGAUGCCCGAGGUGCGCCAGAGCUCCUUCGCGCUCCUGGGUGACCUCACCAAGGCCUGCUUCGUGCACGUCAAGCCCUGCAUCGCCGAGUUCAUGCCCAUCCUGGGCACCAACCUGAACCCCGAGUUCAUCUCCGUGUGCAACAACGCGACCUGGGCCAUCGGGGAGAUCUGCAUGCAGAUGGGGGCCGAGAUGCAGCCCUACGUCCCCAUGGUCCUCAACAACCUGGUGGAGAUCAUCAACCGCCCCAACACCCCCAAAACGCUGCUGGAGAACACGGCCAUCACCAUCGGCCGCCUGGGCUUCGUGUGCCCGCAGGAGGUGGCGCCGAUGCUGCCGCAGUUCAUCCGGCCCUGGUGCACGUCGCUGCGGAACAUCCGCGACAACGAGGAGAAGGAUUCGGCGUUCCGCGGGAUCUGCGUCAUGAUCGGGGUCAACCCGGGGGGCGUGGUGCAGGAUUUCAUCUUCUUCUGCGACGCCGUGGCGUCCUGGGUGAGCCCCAAGGACGACCUGAGGGACAUGUUCUACAAGAUCCUGCAGGGUUUCAAGGCGCAGGUGGGCGAGCAGAACUGGCAGCAGUUCUCGGAGCAGUUCCCGCCGCUGCUCAAGGAGCGCCUGGCGGCCUUCUACGGGGUCUGAGCGCGGGGGGAGCCCUGGGCAGGCGCGGGG